UCACUCCGGGCCUCGUCUUCCUCGUUUCGCCAGUCGACACGCUGAAAAAAUUCACGCGCUAAGCGCACCCCGCCAAAUCUACCAGAUGCUCUCCGGGGUGGCGCGCGCGCUAAUGGCGUCAGGGUCCUGAGGUGCUCGGGGGCAAGGGAAGGCGCGGGGAGGAAGGACGGCGCUGGUGAGGCGGAGAGCUCUCGGCGGGCGGGGAUGAUACGGUACCAGAUACGGAACGAGUAUGGGCUGGCGGAUCCGGAGAUGUACGCGGGCCCCGGGGAAGGGGAGGAGGAUGACCCGGAGGCGCUCCUCGAGGGCGUCGCCAUGGCCGGACUCGUCGGCAUGCUCCGCCAGCUCGGGGAUCUCGCGGAGUUUGCAGCUGAAAUUUUUCAUGACCUUCAUGAAGAGGUUAUGGCUACUGCUUCCAGAGGACAUGGUUUAAUGCUCCGGUUGCAGCAAUUAGAGGCAGAAUUUCCAGCAGUUGAAAAGGCUAUCAUAUCUCAGACUGAGCACUCAAAUUACCCUCACGAUGAUGGAACUGAGUGGCAUGCUAAUCUUCAACUUAAUCAGAAUGUGAUCACACAAGGAGAUAUGCCUCGUUUCAUUAUGGAUUCAUAUGAAGAAUGCCGUGGCCCACCACAAUUGUUCACGUUGGAUAAGUUUGAUGUUGCUGGUGCUGGAGCCUCCUUAAAACGAUAUUCAGACCCCUCUUUCUUCAAGACAGAACAUACCUCCAACAUGAUAGAAACAGAUGUUUUAAUUGAAAAGAAACCUCGUAGAAUUAAGAAGAAGGCCAUGCGAUGGAGGAAAGGGGCAACUCUUGAAUCAUUACUCACUGCAAACUCUGAGCCUCACAUCACCCCCAAGGAUCGAACUUCUAGAAAAGUUCCACCUAGAACAACAAAGUUGAAAUCCAGGCAACCACUGACUCCUGAUCAUAAAACUACUAGCAGAAUCUGGCAGGAGCAUCUGCAAGAAGUAAUUUCAUCGCAGCAAAAAAUCAUCUCCAGAUAUUCGGCGAGGCAUUACCAUGUGAAAUUUAGAUCUACUGACUCAAGUGAAACUGCAUCUCCUUUUGGAGAAAUGGACAAUUUUGGUGCCCUUCAAUCUUCUGAUAAAUUGGAUCUGACAAAAGUUGUUCCAGUAAACGAAUCUGAUGACGUGGAGACUAAAUCUGAACCCACUGAUGGACCAGCUUACUUGGAGCUUGGGGAUAAUCGAAUUCUGGGGAAACAACAUGAACCUUUUCAACAAAAUGGCAUGGUCCAUGGCUCAGAAAAGGUGCAGGAUUGUCCAAACUUGGAUGUUGGAGAAAGUAAUAACAGAUCACAUUUGACAUAUGAAGAGAAACCCCUAUUGGCUGGGGUUCCUGCUGAUCAGAAAGAUAUUGAUGGCCGCAGGGCUGAUGACAUUGUGAGUGAUCAAGACAACUUCAUCGAUGCUUGUAAUGACAUGGACUUGGAAGAUGAAGAAGAUCCUGAAAUGGAAACUGAAUGUGAUCCCAGUGCCAGCGUUGAACUGGUUGAAUUGAACCGUCACAACAAGGAAGGUGAAAAUGCAUUGUAUGCAGAACCUCCAGAAGUAGUUCCUGCAAUAGACUCCUCAACAGAGUUGGACGAUUCAAGCAGUGGUGGAGAACCAACCUGCAUGGACUUGCCACUUGCAAGUGAUUCUGCUCCCACAGUGUCAGCCACUAAUGGUCCAAACUCUGGUUCACAAUCUGGCAGACAAUUGAAUGGUGUUGACUGGCCCAAAGAUGAAGAGCCUUCUAAUGAUGUGGAUCUAAUGGAUGUGAGCUCAUCAUCUAGUGUAGUUUCUGAAAAUGGCGAUGCACAAAACAAUGAGGAAGCUUUUCACUCUUUGAGUGACGAUCAUGCUGCUGCUAUCCAUAAUUCGGAUAAACAGUCACCCGAUACAUCUAGCUACUUGGAUGAUAUGGCUAUCGGCUGCAACAAUUACACCGAUAAAGCACGUCAUCCAGUGGAGCAUGUCCAGGAUGUUGUACUGGAUGAUAUUUCUAUGGUAUUGAGCAAACCUAAUGAUGUUUCAGAAGACGAAGAUAAAAUCAGUUCUGGGAGUGCUGAUGAUUUGUCUCUCCACCCUACCAAACCAAACCAAGAGGAAAUGCAGGAGUUGAAGAAAGAAUUUGAUGAAGGCAGAUCUCUAGAAUCAGGAAGUUCACCUAGCAAACUUGCAUCGCUGCCCGAUAAGGAUCAUGUUAUGUGGAUGAAUGAUGUAGAAGUCGACAAUGUUACAGUUCCUAAAGAAACCCCAUCAGGUUUGGAUCCUGAUGGCAUCCACGAGCGUCAAGAUGGAAUUUCACCAAAACAUUCAAGCAUCCACAAUAAUGUACUGUAUGAAUCAUAUGAUGAUGAGAUUGCUGAAGACAUGCACUCUUUACUAGAUGAUGGCCUAUCAACUACUUUCAGUAAGCAUGUUGCAGAGAACCAUCAAAUUGUUGUGCUUGAACAAAGGACUUGUCCAACUAGCCUCAACACAUGCAAGGAUGAUUCUAUGCAAGCAUGUGCCGUGGCCAGGGAUUUCACUGAUGCUCAGAAGCUUCCAGGAGUCAUUUCAGGUGUAUCAGCUUCUCAAGAGGAGACAGAAUCUCAUGUAGGAGAGACACUUGCACCCACGUCCUGUGCAUUUAGCGAUGAUACUGAAGCACUAGAGAUUGGUGUCCCUCUAGCCCCUAGUACUUCCUUUCUACCUAACACCAGUAGUUCCUUUGUAGACCAACAUGAAUCGACUGAAAUGGAAGAAAUUCCAGAGGUUGGUGAAUUUGCGGUUGCAGAAGAAUCAACUACUAGUGGAUCCUUCAUAGAGCAACAUGAAUUGACUGAAACGGAAGAAAUUCCAGAGGUUGGUGAAUUUGCGGUUGCAGAAGAAUCAACUACUAGUGGAUUUGCAAAUGAUGUGGUACCUCCCAAAGAGUUCAUUGAUUCUAACAUACAUCCUGAAAAGGCAGAGGUUCUGGCUACAAAUUCAACGGAAGAAGCCACUAGGCUGGAUUUGCAACUACAGUCUCCUUCGAGGGAAGAUUUGGAAACAAUGGAACCUAUUCACAGAAAUCUUGGGGCAGUAGAUGACUCAAGAGAAGAUAUCUCUAAGAAGAGUAUGUUGCAGACAGACAAUAAUCCUCCUCUUAUUGCAGGGACUACAAGUGAAAAAUGUAGUGGCAGGGAUGAUGGUACACAAUUUCUAGUAGAAUCUUAUUAUCAAGAGGAAUUACUAGAAGAGGCCGGUCAUAAUGCUGAAGAUCUCUCUCUAUGCGAUUUGAACAAGGAUGGUGCAGUAACCCUGCAAAGUAACACAGUUGGGAAACAACCAGUGGAUGCUGAUCAAGAUUUGGCGUGGGGGAUGCACGCUCAAGAUUCUAGUAGUACAAACCCGUUCCUGGAUCCUGCUUACUUGAUGAGCCAUACUCAAAUUUAUCCAUCUUCCAGUAUGAACUGCCAACCAUAUUUCCCUGAAGAAGAGGAUUUCCUUUCAGAACUUCUAAUACAACAUGACAAUAUGGGUGUAACUGCUGAUGCCCUUUGGGAACCUGCAACUCCACCUGAUGAAGCACCAUUACCAUCAGAAAUUAUGACUGAAGAUGAUUUCAGAUCCUUCUGCCAUGAAUAUCAUGAGAUAGAUUUUUCAUCUGUCACUGACUGUUCCCACAGUCAACCAGCCUCAGAUUCUAACAAAACUCCAAAUGCUUUUCUGGUCAGAGAGUCAGAUCUUCCAUGUUAUAACUCAGCCUUGCCAGUGAAGUUAGACAAGGAAGCCUGUGUUCAUUCUAAGUUCUGUUCUGAGUGUGUUGAAUGUUCAUGUGCUGUGGAUGCACAAGGUACUACAUCAAUGACUGUUUCUGGUAAAGAAGAUCUCAAGGACAAGGGCGAGAAAACAGGAGUAGAUUCCCAUUUAAAAUCUCCUGAGUUUUCCAAUGAUAACAGAAGUCCUGAAUUAAAUAUGCUCUCUGUUCCAGUGGUUAUACAGCAGGAACUGCAUGGCUUGUCUGGAGUUGAUUCUCGUAGUAGCUCCCCUUUGCUGCAUAAGGAGAAGACUAGUGAAGAAUGCUUCUUUCCUUUAAGAAACGACGUUGAAGUGAAACAAGAGUUGGAAAUCUGUGCUGACCUUGUUCCACAUUCUUCUAUUAAUGAAAAAGUAGAUGGACUGGAUGUUACUGUACCAGUGGAACCAGUGGUCCAUGCCUGUGCCUUGGAUGAAUAUGACAACCAAGAUUUUCCACGCCGUUCAACUGGUGAGAAGAAUGAGGCCCUUCCUUUGGGCAAACCUGUUCUAGCGCAGGGGCCAGAAGUUUGUGCCUUUGGUGGAUUUGAAUUUGAUCCUCUGAUCAUUCCAUCACAUUCAGUUGAUGAGACUAAGGACAAUCUUGAAGUCAGAAUGAACAUGAUCCUCCAAUCAUUCCAUCAUUCUUUGAGAACUUCUUUUCAAGCAGAACAGAAGUCAGAAUGUUGUACGUCAGGUGAACAUGAUUCUCAAAUAGUUCCAUUUCCUUUGCAUGAUGAGAAGAUCGACGAACUGGAUGGUCCUCUUUUGAGCAAUGCUGAUGAACUGGAUCGGGGAUCAAAAGUUUGUGUUCCACAUGGACAUGAUGCUCAAAUCACUCCAUGUUCAACUGAUGAGGAUAUACAUGAAUUAGAUCACCCUCCUUUGAGCAGUUCCGCUUUAGUGGAUCUUGAAUCAGAAGACCAUGUCUCGGAUGACCGUGAUUCCAAAGUCGCUCCAUGUUUGGUUAAAGAUAAGAUUGAUGAAUCUGUAGAUGCUCAACCAAACCUUCUUCCUGGGGAGCUAGAGCAGGAAACUCAUGCACCCCCUAAAUUAGACUUUCAAGUUGCUCCACAAUCAGUGAAGGAAUCUGAUUGCUCAACUGAAUUUGAUUCCCAGACUGCACCAUGUUCUUCAAAUAUACCAGUACUAGCUGACACAACAGUGUUGACUUGUAUUUCUGCCAUGCCUAGCAGUGACAGUGAGGAAACGAAUCAGUUGUCUCCUGGUCCGCCACCCACUGUACAAUUUCAAAAUGAUUCCUACAAAGAUCCUCAAGCACCACCCCCUCUCCCUCCUCUCCAGUGGAGGCUUGGGAAGCCUCGUCUAGGACUUCUGAGUAGAAAAGGCUGUAUGACUGAGCCUGCGAGCGUAAUAGAUCCUGUUUUGCAGGUAUCAAGCCGAGAGAUGGAUAUCAGGCUAGGUUUGCUUGAUCCAACAGAUAGAUCUAUAGAACCAGUACCCUCUCAAGAAAUCAAAGAAGAUAAAUGUGAGAGUUCUUCGAUAGAUCAUAAUGAUCAAAAUGUAGAUUUUGGAAGAUUAUCGGCAAGGGUUGACGUAACUGAUGUUGCAAGGACUGAACACAGACCAUCCUUAGAGGCUUCAGAGGACAUUAAGCAAGAGGGGCAUAUUUCUUCAUCAGCAACAGGAGUUGACGAACACCUGGAUGCUGGGGUCACAUCAACAACAGCAGAUGAGAAACAUCUGGAUGAUUCUGGAAUGACAGAUGGAACAGCUUUAUACUCACCAGAACCUCUGUUUCCAUUACCUGCAUAUGAACUGCAGGACCCUAAACCAGAUACUAGAGAAAAUAGUGAGUAUCCCUGCCAAACACAUGGAGCUGCAUCUGGAGAUGAUAAGUCAAUGGAUGCUUUUGGCAACAUGGAAAGCACCCCAGCAGGACAUGUUUCUGAAAAUAGGUGUUACCAGCAACAUCAGCAUGGUGAAUCAUCCUCAAAGACUUCAGACCAUGAAGAGCAUAUUACAAAUGCAUCAGAGGACGGUGUUAAGCAUCAGUCUGGUACAAGUGAGGCACCUUCAGACACAGCAAAGCAUUCUGCACCAGGCACCCUGUUGAAAGGGAAUGGCCAAGAGAGUCAAAUUUUACAAGAACAUAAUGUGGGGAGCUCCGAGGACGAUCAACCAGGAGGUCCAUUGUGCAGCUUAGAAUCAAUGGCAUCUCAAGAUUAUCCACAUGAUGAAUACAAUUUAGAGAGGGAAAACAGAAACCAGGCUAGCAACCCAGGCCCUUUACUGGAACGGCCUGGUGAUAAAAGUGAGUUGGUCACUGGCCUUGAUGAAGGUUGCUAUGUGCAUGCUGAGCAGCCACCUGUGAUGGGAUGGACUGUUGGACCUCAGAUGCUUCAUCCUAAAUAUGGUGUUUUAGUAGAAGAGAGCCAAUUUGAGUCAAAUAUUGCCGACAAUCAUUUAACCAGGAAGCCUAUUUCCAUAAAAAACAUUCCAAGGAAUCCACUCGUUGACGCUGUUGCUGCUCACGACAGAAGCUCGAUGAGAAAGGUUUCAGAGCUUGCACCAUCAACUGACAAGCUGAAGCCUAAUGAGAGAAACAUGUUGCUAGAACAGAUAAGAAGCAAGACCUUCAGCUUGAAACCGGUUGCUCCUGCUAAGCCAACAGCCAUGAGAUCACCUGCUAGAACCAGUACUAGAAACUUGAAGGUUGCCGCUAUCAUAGAAAAGGCAAAUGCCAUCCGACAGGCAGUGGGAAGUGACGAUGAAGACGCAGAUAGUUGGAGUGAUACAUAAAUGCCCACCUUUUGCCCUCUUGGUGUUUCUUUCCACGACAGAAAGAUACCAAUUCCUCAAGAACAUUGGGGACAGGUUGGGGAUGCAUAGCCAUGUCAUCGUUUUUGUUAGUAGUGUAAUGUUAGUCUUGUGUAUAGUAUAUGCCCAUAAUCCUUCUUUCUUCUUUCAGUUUUCUUUCUGUAUUCUUUCGACCGAUUGUUUGUAUACCGGCCUGCCUCUCCCAGCAGCAAAGGCUGUUGCGGUUGGCAUGAUCCUAGGAUAGCAUGCAUGGUCUAUGUAAAUUAAACAGUAGUUACAAGUAAACACUUAUUUCAUCUUCUGAAAAAAGGGGAGAUAAUGGCAUCAUCGAUUC